ACGGACUUAAGGCCGGCGUAAGUGGGGGGCUGAGCGAUGAGAGGUGACUGGCGUGCACGGCGCUCCCCGCUGCUCCGUCUACGUGGCGUUCGGUUGGGCUCAGCACCGCUCCGUGACGUAGUGGUAUCCCGGGAAACUGCGGGAACUCCGAAGGGUCCCGGUCCGAAAGUCGCCUGCUUAUCCUCUCCAGGAAAUCAAGAGCGAGGUUGGAAUGAUCCUCCUCAGUUUUCAUAUGGUUUGCAGACUCGAGCACAGAUCGGUCAAAGGAAACCAUUUCUCACAAAGAGAGUAAUAGCACCUCAGAUGGAUUUGCCACCAAAAGUUUGUGGACCUACUGGAAUUCCUCCUGGAUUGACACCAUCUGGCAGUUCCACACUCAGCCAGCAAAGACUACCACCUCCACCCAAGCUUUCUAGUUUGUCUAACACUUGCCAACCUCUUCAAAGCACAACAGUUAUUUCUGAAUGCAAUGUAAAGGAGGUGGAAGAUGUUUUAACUCCUUUAAAUAAGGCGCUAGAAGCUUGUAGGGCAUCAGUUAAGAAGCAAGUUUGUGAUGAUAUUGGCCGACGACUAACAAUACUGCAAGACAUGUGGCAAAAUGGAAAGCUAUCUGUAUCAGUGCAAAAAAGAAUGUAUCUGCUUGCACAAGAAAUGGAGCAUUGCAAGUGGGAUUCUGCUGAUGAAAUUCACAGAUCUUUGAUGGUUGACCAUGUAAAUGAAGUAGGACAGUGGAUGGUUGGUGUGAAGCGUCUCAUUGCUGAAACCAAAAAUCUUCCAUCUGACAUUAUUUCCUGCGCUGACAAGGGUUGUGAAUCAGGGAACUAAAUUGUUGAAUUUGUUUACAGUGAUUGACUGACAACAUUAGUGAAAAAUAUAGUCAGGGAACAAAGUUCUAAGAACAUGGCUACAAAAAUAAAACAAUGCUUGACUAUGGUGUCUGCACUGAGCAAAAAUGAAAAUGUAUUCGGGCUGCACAGUUUCCAAUCUACAGUCAUUGAAAAGAGCUGCUGUUUCAAACUCUUUUAUCGGUGCUCUGUUUGGAAGGCAAAUAUCAGGAUUUCUUUUCCAUCUGCCGCAGAAAAUAUGGUCAGGUCACAUCGCCAUAUGCACCUAGUGGACAUCAAUUAAGGACGUACUUCACUUGGCACAUUUUACCAACAUUGAUUUUAAUGAAGUUGCAGUGUCAUUUUAUUGCAUGUGAUUCAAAAACUAUCCACCUGCUGUGUUUUUUUUUGAAAAAUAUUAAAUAUUCAAGGUGAAGUGUUGGAUUGAAAUACCUUUGUUUGCUCUACAUGUGUAAAAUCUUCUGGUUUAUAAAAAAGAAAGCAUUAUUGGUGCACACAUUUAAUAUCUAUUAUGAAUGCAGGAUUGUUGAUGUGAUGGGAACAGAUACAUACUUGACCAGACUUCAAAAUGCUUUAUGGGAAAAUUAUAUCCUCUAACUGCCGUCAUUGUCCUUUUUGUGUUCUAACUCUGCCUUGAAGAAAGUCUUCCCAGAGUUUUAUUCUCUAAUCUCAAAUCUGCAGUUUAUUAGAACAUGUCAGAUCGUGUUGGCUGGCAAAACAAAUGACAUUUCACUGUAUGUUUUGAUGUACAUGUGAUUAAUAAAUAAAUGAAAUUGA